AAACAUGCAUUUUGGUAUUAUCUCUAAGCUGGCUAUUCGUUUAAAUCAUGGACUUUAAACAUUUUAUAUGUUAUAUCAAAACUAAAUUUCUUGGGUUGUGAAUUAUCGAAGUAAAAGUCCUUCCUCUUAGCUUUCCGAUGAUGCUGCAGUACAGAAGCUAAUAUCUUUGACAGAGAGAAAAACAGCACGGAAAAACUCCUAUUAAGUUGGACGAUUCCGUUCAGAAGAUUCAUAUACAAAUAUAUAUAUAUAUAUAUAGUCGUGACAACAUCAAGAUAUCCUGUAAUCCAUGGUUGGUAAGGACAAGAAGUAGUUAAUGAUUACAAGAAGAAGAAGACAUUUGGAAAAAUGACUAAGAACGGCGAGCAAGGCCUCCAGGCAACCAGCUUCAAAGAAUCGAUAUGGCGGUCUUUCGUGAAGCCUUCUGCUGUUGUCUUCUUCCUUUUUCUUCUGUUAGCUGCAGGGUUUGUCUGCACCUACAUCCUCAACAUCCCUAGUCUGACUGGAUCGGCAUUCAGACCAAUUCCAGCCACCACCACAUCCACCAAAUCCCAAAAAUGCCCUCUUCAAAACACAAAAUUCUCUACAAAUUCAUCGACAGAUUCCCAAAUCCCACUCAACUGCACCACAUUCGAGCGCACAAAUACCUGCCCCUCCUACGACACGACUUCCACCUCCUACUCAAGACAAGAUCCCAACUGCUCAUCUGAACCGUCCACGUGUCCCGAAUACUUCCGGUGGAUCUACGAAGAUUUGAGGCCUUGGGCCCACACGGGGAUAACAAAGGAAAUGAUGGACAAAGCCCAAAAGAAAGCCCACUUUAAAUUGGUGAUUGUGAAAGGCAAAGCAUACGUGGAGAGAUAUGAUAGGGCGUAUCAAACCAGAGAUUUGUUUGCAUGGUGGGGUGUUUUACAGUUACUGAGGAAGUACCCAGGAAAAGUGCCUGAUUUGGAGCUUGUUUUUAACUGCCAUGACAGACCUGUGUUUUUAUCAAAGGAAAAUGCAGUAGACCCACCUACAUUGUUCGGUUACUGCGGUGAUGAUGACACAAUUGAUCUUACUUUUCCUGAUUGGUCCUUUUGGGGAUGGCCUGAGAUUAAUAUAAAGCCUUGGGAGCCGUUGAUGAAGGAUUUAGAGAGAGGAAACAGAAAGAAAAGAUGGGUUAAUAGGGAACCUUAUGCUUAUUGGAAGGGAAACCCAGAUGUUUCUCCAAUAAGACAAGACCUCCUCAAAUGUAAUGUCACCAAGAAAAAAGAUUGGAAUGCUCGUUUGUACGUCCAGGAUUGGCGUCGAGAGUUUGAUCAAGGAUAUAAGAACUCAGAUUUGGCAGACCAAUGCACCCAUAGGUUUAAAAUCUACAUAGAAGGGAAUGGUUGGUCCGUGAGUCGAAAAUACAUUCUUGCCUGUGAUUCUCUUGCCUUGGUAGUGGAUCCAAGAUUCUAUGAUUUCUUCAGUAGAGGUUUGAAGCCAAUGAAGCACUAUUGGCCCAUUAAAGCUGAUGACAAGUGCAAAUCAAUUAAGUAUGCCGUUGACUGGGGCAACUCCCACAAGAAAGAGGCACAAGCCAUUGGGAAGCAAGCAACAAAAUUCAUGAAUGAGGAGCUGAACAUGGACUAUGUUUAUGACUACAUGUUUCAUCUUCUAAAUGAAUAUGCAAAGCUCUUCAAAUACAAGCCCACAAUUCCUGAGAAGGCAUUUGAACUGUGCUUGGAAUCAUUGUAUUGCCCAGCAAGAGGAUUAGAAAGAACAUACAUGAUGGAUUCCAUGUGGAAGGGUCCUAAUGACACAGAACCAUGCACAAUUCCUCCUCCUUAUACGCCUUCAUCACUUUAUGAUCUUCUUCAGAAAAAAGCUGAUACACUUAAGCAGGUGGAUAAAUGGGAGAAACAACAAAAGCUUUGAAUAAAAUUAGGUAUCAACAAUUUAUAGUUGACGAAGCACAAUCAAUUGCUUACAAGGAAGUGGACCCGUUCUCAGGAAUGAAAACUGAAACUACCGUGCUUCAUGUGGGCUCCAUAAGCGUAGAAAUAUGUUAUUCUAUUUUUAUUUUUAUUUCAUUGGCCAUAUAUUACUAUAUGGUUUACUCAAAAGUUAAAAUGGUUAUUUAGGACCUAUAUUAAAUAAACAAACUAGGGUGGAAUUCAUUUUUCCGACCUUUUUCAAAAUUUAUAGUUCAAAACAUAUAUAAAUUUGUCUGCUAGUACAAGUUAAUUAAGCAUUAUUAGUCAGUUUCGGAUA